AUGGUAGAAGGUAUAGUGGAGGAUGAGCGAACAGAAGAUGACGCAUCGUUAACCAAUGCUAGGGAGACGAUGAUCAAACUCUUAGAAGGCAUAAAAAGAACAAUGAGCAUUAAUUAUUGUGACAACAACUGUAUCAUAACUCUUAUAAUUAGUAGUGUCGUAAUAAUAAUUUUACUUGUAGGUAUAAUUUGGUGUUGUGUGCAGUAUUUAAAAUCGGGGAAAAAGCUUUCAGAUCACGUACAAAGUUUGAAAUCUACAUUAACUGGAACUGGCUCAUCAUCAAGUGACACCCCAUUAUUAUCUGGUAGACCUCGACCUCAUUCAAUAAUCACGCAACCAAUUGGUAGCGGUGGUGAAGAGCCAAUCUUAAAUUCACCAGAUUCGUUAUAUUGGAGUGGGCGUAAUCAAGAAACAACAGCAGAUAAUUAUACUGCGGCUGAACAAUUCACAAUAUUGAACCCUCCACGGGAAGAAAUACCACCCCAGGAUCAUAUAAUAUACAUUCAAAGUUUAGGUGGUGCUAAAGCUUGGGAUUGGGAUCCUGAUGAUUCAUUAUUAGGACAGCAAAUCGUUACUAUAAUGGGUGAGGGUAAAGUUAUUAAAUUUAAUAAGCGAUUAGACUCUAUGGUACAGUCCAAUUAUCCAUUUUUUAUACCUCAAGUUGAAGGAGAUGUAGUAUAUGAGGCUCCAUUUGGACGACCAGAAACCAUGCCGCAUCGACUAGGUUUCCACUCAAAUGGAAAAAAAUAUAAUGAUGAAUUCGGUGGUCAUGAAUAUAGUCAAGCGUGGGGCAAUGUUGGCGAUACCAUAGGUUGCGCAUACAAUCCUGAUGCUGGGCAUGUAUUUUUCACCAAAAAUGGACAAUUUCUUGGUAAUGCUUUCAUGGGAAUACGUCAUGUUUGGUUUCCAACUGUCGGAUCAAAUGGCCCAUGCACUAUUAUGACCAACUUUGGAGAUCCUGAGAAUGAGUUCAAGUAUGAAAGUGCACGUGGCUAUGGGCCAGGUGGACCUCUGUUGAUGAGUAGUGAACAGGGUUAUCAAUGGCAAACUGGCAGUAAUAGAAGUAGCAGAAUUUUGCAGACCGAAGAUAAAGAUAAUUGUAGAAAUAAUUAA